GUGGAUGCGCGGACGGACGAAGGCAGAAUCAAGAAGCGGUACCGACAGCUAGCGCUCCUGCUGCAUCCGGAUAAGAACAAGUCACAGAAGGCCGAAGCAGCGUUUCGCUAUGUCAAAGAGGCGCACACAAUACUGACAGACAGCAACAAGCGGGCUGUUUUUGAUACCCUACGCGCCCGCCUCCCCCCCUGCCCCUGCACUGCACCCGCGGGAGGGAGAGCCAUGGGGGUGCAGAGGGGUGCAGGGGGGUUCAGAGCGUCUCAGGGGGCGAGUUGGGCGGGCAACGAGGCAGGGCGGUUGCAGGAGCUGAGGGAGCAGGCUAAGGCGCGCGUGGUGUCUUUGGAGAGGGAGUGGGAGGAGAAGAAGGAGCAGUGGCUGCGGGACUUUGAACAGGCUAAGGCGCAGCAGCAGGCUCAACAGCAGCAGGAGCAGCAGGAGCAGGCGGGGCAGGCAGAAGGGGAGUCUGAUGAGAGGGCGGAGGCCGAUGGGGAGCAAGAGGGGGAGGAAGAGACGGAUGUAGCAAACGGUAGGCGUGGGGAUGAAGAGAGUGAGGGGGGUGUGAGUGAGGGGAGUGUGAGUGAAAAGGGUGCGAGUGGUGAGGGCGCGAAUGAGGGAGGUGUGAGGGAUGCUGCAGCUGCCCCAGCCUCUCAGCGUGCCACAUGUGGAGGCUCAUCCCAUGAGAAUCCGGAGACUGGUAUUUUUGAAGAGAAUUCGGAUCAUGUGGGCGAUUCGAUAUGGGAGCAGCUGGCAGAUCUCGUGGAUGAUGCUGACAUGGAAGGUGCUGACGUGGAGGGUGCUGACGUGGAAAGUGAGGGCAAAGGUAGGAGGGAGAGCAGCAGCUGGAGUUGCAGAAGCGGAGCAGAGGAGGACAGGGAUGCGCAACAAGCAGAGGAACGGAAAGAGGGCAGGGAGAAGCUAGCAGAGCAAACGGCAGAGGAAAGGAAAGAAGAGCAGAGUGAUGAAACAGUAGAGGUCAACCUCUCCUCUCCAGACAUGCAUGGCCGGGGGAAGGGCAGCAGACAGAUGGAAGGGGAGGGUGACAAGGAGGGGGGUCGAGUAGCAGAUGCUGGGAUGGAGCGAGCUGGCAGCAUGAUGAGCAGUGCAAGCAGUGACUCUUUCGGAAAUGCCUCAGCCGAUACUGCACACCUCACUGGUUCAACCCUUGCUGCUGCACGUGCAUCCCCCAGUAGUAGUGCUUCUGGGUCCACGGGGGACCUGCCCACCUCAUUCCGCGCCACCACAUCAGGCAGAGCUGCAGCAGACGCCAUGGCAGCCGCUGCUGCUGCCACGGAAGCGGCCCGAAAGGUUCUCGAGCGGUCGAGAUCAGUCCUGAGGAAAGGCUCAGCGUUCCCUGAGGGAGACUGUGGCCGAGCUGAUGGGGCAGGUGGAACGGGCAGUGCAGGCAAGAAGGAUAGUGAAGGUGAGGUGGACAGAGUGGAGUGGAGCGCUGUGCGUUGCGGUGCAGAGACCGAGGGGCCUUCAAGUGAAGGGUCAGCAGGUGAGGGCUCUGUGGGUGAGGACUUAGCAGGAGCAUCUACGGGCAGCAAGGACGGUGGUAGCAGCAGAGGGAGCGCGAGGCAUGAAGCGGACAGAGCUGCAGACGAUAAGCUACGGGAUGCUGACGCAUUGAACCACCUCCCUUCCUCCACUGCCUCUGCAAGCGCUCCUGCCUCUUCAGACAGCUGUUCAUCCUCUGGGCUAGGCUCGGUGGGACGCAGUCCAGGUGCAGAGUCCCCCAUCAGCAGCACUUUCAGCAGAAGUGUGAGCAGCAGAGGAGGUGCUAGCCACAGCAGUUUGGGUAACACUUGGGUUACACCUUGCAGCAGCGGCGGCGGAGGUACCAGUGGCAGCAGUGCGGUUGACAAGGAAGGCAAAGAGGGCAGGGAGAGCAGGGAGAGCAGGGAGGGCAAGGAGGGCGUGGAGGGCAAGGAGGGUAGUGAUGAUGUGUUGGAGACUCUGCUGAGGCUACGGCGGGACACACAGGCCGUUGCGGCCUCACUGGAUAACCUCAGGCUCAGGCUCUCUGCCCGCCCUGCUGCUGUCUUCCCUGCUGCUGACUUUCCUGGCGUUGCAGCUGGGUCUGUGCCGGGGGUAACUGGUUCGCCACCCGUGCAAGUUCCUGCAUCCUAG